ACCUUCGCGCUGUCUUCUGUUUGACAAAAUCAAACCUAGAAAUAUAAGAACAAGCAGCGAAGAACUCGAAAGGAUCUCUAGGGUUUCACAGUGAAUAGUACAGCCAAUAACUAUGUACAGGACUGCUGCUUCCCGCCUCAGGUCUCUCAAGGGCCGUGUGAGUAAUUUGGGGGCAGCUCGGUAUGCAACAUCAACUGCAGUUGCUUCAAGGCCAACUUCGUCAGGGUUCUUUAGUUGGCUGACUGGCGAACGUUCUAGUCCUCUUCCUCCUUUAGACAGGCCACUUGAAGGUGUUUCUUACCCGCCUCCACUACCUGACUAUGUAGAACCAAGCAAGGUUCAGGUUGCAAUGCUCCCAAAUGGUGUUAGGAUAGCCUCAGAGUCAUCACCAAAUCCCGUGGCUUCUAUAGGGUUAUAUAUUGAUUGUGGUUCCAUUUAUGAGACACCAGUAUCAUGUGGUGCCACACACUUGCUGGAGAGAAUGGCAUUCAAGAGCACAAGAAAUCGCAGCCACUUCCGGAUAGUGAGGGAAGUAGAGGCAAUUGGAGGUCAUGUUGCAGCCUCAGCCUCGCGGGAGCAGAUGGGUUACACUUUUGAUGCACUUAAAACGUAUGUUCCUGAAAUGAUAGAGUUGCUUGUUGACAGUGUGAGAAAUCCUUUAUUCUUGGACUGGGAGGUUAACGAGGAGUUGCAAAAGGUGAAAGCUGAGAUUGGAGAGCUUUUUAAAAAUCCUCAAGGCUUGCUAUUGGAGGCAGUUCACUCUGCUGCUUAUACCGGUGCUUUGGCGAAUCCUCUUUUGGCUCCCGAAUCAGCCCUGAACAGAUUGAAUGCUUCAAUUUUGGAGGAAUUUGUUGCGGAGAAUUAUACUGCUCCUCGGAUAGUCCUUGCUGCAUCUGGUGUUGAAUUUGAGGAGCUUAAAUCUAUGGCCGAGCCUCUUCUUUUGGACCUUCAACAUGUUCCACGCCCUGAAGAACCAAAAUCUGUCUAUGUUGGAGGUGAUUAUCGUCAGCAGGCUGACUCAGAGAACACACAUGUUGCUCUUGCUUUCGAAGUUCCUGGGGGCUGGCAUAACGAGAGAGAAGCUACCAUCUUGACCGUUCUUCAGAUGCUUAUGGGUGGAGGCGGCUCAUUCUCUGCAGGUGGCCCUGGGAAAGGGAUGCACUCACGACUCUAUCUUCGUGUCUUAAACGAGUAUCCCCAUUUUCAUUCGUUUUCUGCAUUCAACAGCAUCUUCAACAAUACCGGAUUGUUUGGCAUCUAUGCUAGCACUAGUUCCGGCUUUGUUCGGGAGGCAGUUGAUAUAGCAGCAAGAGAAUUACUCUCAAUUGCAACACCCGGAGAAGUUAAACUAGUACAACUUAAUCGUGCCAAAGAGGCAACAAAAGCUGCCGUGUUGAUGAAUCUGGAAUCUAGGAUGAUACUGGCAGAAGAUAUAGGGAGACAGAUUUUAACAUACGGAGACAGGAAGCCGGUGGAUCAUUUCCUAAAGAUCGUAGAUGAGAUCACUCUGAAUGACAUUUCAGCCAUUGCACAACAGAUAAUUUCUACACCUCUAUCAAUGGCAUCUUAUGGGGAUGUCACCAAUGUUCCCAGCUAUGAAUCUGUAAGCAGGAAGUUUCACUGAUAACGAAAGACACAAUUCGAUUCAAUCCUGCGACUAGCCUCUAGUUUUAGACAAGUUCCUUCUUACAAGUCCGCUCUCUCUUUCUGACGGCUGUUCAAUAAAAGUGGUUGUGGCGAGAUUGACAGUAUGGGAAAGUCCCGUUUAGGAUUCGGUUUUGACUUCGGAUUUGCCUGGUCACAGUUUAUUCAAAUAUGGAUGUAAUACCCAUCUCAUGAUGAACAAAUCAUGGGAAAGUUUUGCUAGUAUCUUGUUCCUUCAGUCCUUUAUUAUUGAUGGAAUUUUGAAGGGUGAAGGAACUUUUCUCUGUUACUAUCUGUUGUAAUGACCAUUUGUUCUUGACUUUUACAUUGAAAAAUAAAAGCCAUUUGAAUGUAGAGAA